AUGACUUUUUUUCGUGAAUAUCCCAUUUCAAGUUUAACAUUAACUAUAAUCAAUUGUUUUCUUUUGGGAUUAUUUGCAUCGAUUGCUUUACAAUUUCUACCGAAAAUCUCAAUAAAAAAUAUUCAAACAUCAACAAAUCGAUUAGAAUCAUUAUUUCAUUUAUUUCUUAUUUCAAUAUCAUUUUCAGCAUUUAUAACAUUUAGUAAUUUAUCAUUACAAUAUAAUACUAUAGGUACAUAUCAAUUAAUUAAAUUACAAGUUCCACCAACUUUAAUGUUUAUUGAAUGGAUACAAUUAAAAUUAAGAUUAAAUUCUUUAAUAUUAACUAAAGAAAAAUUUUCUCAAGAUUAUUCUUUAUCAAUUUUAUUAACUUUUGGAAUUAUUGUAUUUGGAACUUUAGUUAAUACAUAUUCAGAUCUUUAUUUUCAUCCAUUAAGUGUUACUUAUGCUUGUUUGAGUGUUAUAUGUAAUGCAUUAUAUCAAACUAUGGUACAAAAUGAUAACGCAUCAUCAAUAUAUGAACGUACAUAUUUUCUACAAAAUCAAACAAUAAUAUCAACUUUUAUAUUAGUUCCUUGUUGGUUAUUUAGUGAUUCAUCAUUUCAAUUUAAUUGGUACGUUUUAUUUCGAUGGAAUAUAAUUAUUUUAUUAGUUUUAUGUGGUUUACUUGCAUUUAUUGUUAAUUCAAGUGUUAUAUGGUGUAUAAAAGAUGAUGCUGCUAUUGGAUAUAAUAUGGUUGGACAAUUAAAAACUUUAUUAAUUAUAUUUGUUGGAUCAGUAUUAUUUGGUGAAUCAUUAACAAUAAAACAAAUCAUUAGUAUUUUAUUGACAACAAUAGGUGGUUUGAUUUAUGUCUAUAUUACAUAUAGAACAAAAGAACGUCAAAAAAAAACAUCAACAACAAUUAUUAGUAAAUAA